AGAUUCACAAUGCGUGUGAAGAUCUCAGGACUUUCCUUCGUGUUCACUCUUGACGUGGAGCUUAUUCUUAAGGUGGAACUUGUUCUUGACGUGGAACUUCUUGGACCACGCACUUGUACACUUGUCUGCCGCUGUUGAAACUCCUCGAUGUGUUUUUAAAAUCCUGAACUUUCGAGCUUAUUGGUAGCUUAUUCACGAUGCUAAGACCACGACUCCUGUCUACUUCUGGGAGCUUGUUGAAGCACAAUGCGUUGUUAAAGAGCGAAUAUGCAGACGAUAACGCCCUGACAUUCCGGGUGGCCACGUUAGCAUCAAGUAAAAAGAUAUUAGCAGUCACAGGCGUCAGUGAAAGUGCACGCCCAGGGGUUGCGCAUCUCACAUUUGACGGGUUUGACAAUGUUGGAAUCCUGAAGUCCCUUGAUCUAGCAGUGAGGGGAGUUGGUGAUAGGGCAGUAAUUAGGCUCGUUGAUAUCGCAGAACUUAGCAUUGAUGAUGGCGCAAUUUUUAGGCUCACGGAUGUCGCAGUGCGUAGAGUCGGUGAUAGUACCUCCUUGGGGAGCCUUGAUAUCGCAGCCCCUGGCGUUAGUAAUAGUGUAGUCUCGAGGAUUCACGAUGCGGCAUCCGUUAGCGUUGGUGAUAGUCCAGCCUCGCGGGGCGAUAAUUUCGGAGCCUAUAAUUAUGAUAAUAACGCAGCCUUGGUAGUCAGGGAUACUAGUCCUUUGGGCGUUGGUCGGGUUGCCAUCUGUAGGAAUAGGCAUAGUGUCCGAGAUGUUGGCGUUCAUCGGUCCUUUGCGGGGAAAAGGUAUUCAGUCGUUGAAUUGUUUGGCGUAGCCGAAAUCCUUGAACUUGCAUGGAAAGGAAGUUUGAUUAUAAGGAAGGAUGCGCAUGACAUUCUCGACAGUCCGCGGAUCUCGCAAGAAACACCUUCGUGGCCCUAUAGUGUUCUGCUCCACAAGGAACGUGAGCUGAAUCAUACUCCCUAUUUAACGCCCAGUUUGUUAGAUACAUAUUUUUGCACCUUGCAUUGUAUGUUAAACGGAGUGUACGAAAACAUCAAGUCCCAAAACGUAUACUUACAGUACUUCGAAGGCCAUGAUUAGUUCCAAUUCCAGUAUUUCGUGACCAAAAAAACUAUCUCAAAGGAUGUGUAGCCGAUAUGAUAUGCUCCUUCCUUUUGAUCUCUCUUCAGAAUACCACCCUACCUUCGAUAUCCUUCAAAUCGUAGCUGAGCGCUAUCAAUUGUCGCUAUCUCCAGAAUCCUCCGACUCCUAAUCAUCCCUCUUUAGGAUCUUCCUCAAAGUCUCCUCAUUCUCCGACGUCCUCUUAACCUUGCCUUCCU